AUGGCAACUCGAACAGAAUACGACUAUAUCAUCGCAGGCGGAGGACUUUGCGGCUGCGUCGUGGCAUCCCGUCUCAUACAAGCAUUUUCAGAUCGCUCUGUUGCGCUCGUUGAGACAGGUCCAGAUUCUCGAGGCAAUCCAACCGUGCUGUCUCCAGCCACCGCUUGGGCCUUGCCAGCAGAUUAUUAUCAAAACUACCUCACACAACCUCAAAAACCCCUCAACAACCGAUCCCUCGACCUCAAGACUGGCCGCGUUCUUGGAGGUGGAUCUGCUGUGAACUAUGGUGGCUGGACUCGUGGUGACCGAUCCGGCUACGAUGAGUGGGCGAAGCUCGUAGGCGAUGAUCGGGGCACAUCUACAAGCUGUGCUGUAUGGCGUAGCUGA